AUGGCUGACAGCACAGAAAUCAUAAAUGAGAAUUCCACCACCCAACACGGUUCAGAAAAUUCGAGCCUCACCAUGAAUGAGAAUCCACUCACUCUACACAGUUCGGAUAAUCCGAGCCUCAUCUUGGUUUCCAAAGUCCUUGAACCACACAACUAUGGACAAUGGAGUCGAGCCAUGCGCAUCCGUCUUAGUGCAAAGAAUAAGAUCGGGUUCAUCGACGGAUCCAUUGAGAUGUCGUCACCCACAUAUAAAACUUUUCAUUCUUGGCAAUGUUGCAACGACAUGGUAUUGUCAUGGAUCUUGAAUUCUGUGAGUCCAGACAUUGCUUCCAGCGUAAUCUACAUGGAUUCAGCAUCGGCCGUAUGGAAAGAUCUCUAUGAUCGGUUUUCACUAGGGAAUGAAUCAAGAAUUUACCAAAUUCAGCAAGAAAUUGUUGAACACCAACAAAAUUUAGAUUCAAUCUCCGUCUACUUCAACAAAAAGAAAGCUUUAUGGGAUGAACUAGCCUUCUAUCAGGAACCAUUUACCUGUACAUGUGGGGGACUGAAGAAAGUCAAUGAAAGAAUGGAAAAUGAGAGACUUAUGCAAUUUCUUAUGGGAUUAAAUGAAACCUAUGCUACAAUUAGAGGAACUAUAUUGAUGAUAAGUCCACUGCCGGAUACUCGAAAGGCCUUUUCCAUAACCCUGCAACAUGAAUGGCAACUCGACAUCGCCUCAUGCCAUGAAGGAACCAACGGCAAUUUUCAAGCCAUGGCUGUAAAUCAGUCAGGCAAACCAUUUAAGGGCAGUAGCUCACGUGAAAUCACUUCCUCUCGCACUGGAGAAGCAUCCCGAAAGACAUCCAAAUGCACGUAUUUUGGCCACAAAUUUCAUGGUAAAAACAUCCAGUCGAAGAAUAAGAGGGCUACGGCAAAUAAUUUUGGCAUUAGUCAAGAAGAUGCUCAAAAAGUGCAGCCAAUGAAACAAGAAGGCCCAACCUUCACAACUGAGGAAUACAAUCAAAUUAUAGCCAUGUUGAACAAAAUGAAUGGUAAUGCCUUUGCAAAUGCCACAGGACGUGGACAAGAAGAGGAUGAUUGGCCUGGGCAAGCAAUAUAA